AUAGAAAAUAUAAUCUAAGAUGCAUUUGCUUUCCUUCUCUACCUUUGGAGACACUUAAGUUCCUUCCUGUGAAGAAGAUUGUGUGUGUGAAUUGUGGGCAGCCCCCUAAAUGAGAUUUGCAGGUUAUGGGAAUCGGUGGAUUCCCUUUCUUGCAGAAGGUUCUCGUACAGAGCUCCCAGGCCAGGGUGUCAGGGGGUGCUGGGCUUGAAUUCUGGCCCUUGAGCUCAGCAGGCCCGAGAACUUGGGCAGCCCACACCCCAGUUCCGAGCCUCAGCCCACCAUCCAAAGUGCCUCCCAGGCUUCUCGUGGGAACCGAACGGUUAAUGCCUGGUAUGGGUCUGGCCCCAUCCCUGUUACAGGUUUGAUUUUUCAUCAGUUUUUCCUCUCCUGGCUCCUCCCUCCCUUUCCCACCCAGGAAACCCUACUCUGCCCUCUCCUCUUCCCUCCUGCUCUGACCAUGGUGGCCAAGGCCCCCCGGGGAAGCUCAUGAGCCAGGACUCAGUGGGAUUGAGCAAGAGCAGAGAAAUGGGCUCCUCUGGACCCAGCUGUGCAGUGCUGGGGACACAGUUCUGGGAACUUCAGACGCAGGAAGUGAAAGGGGGUGUGGGCAGAGGCGAUAGGCAAACUGCACCUCUGGUCCCUUCUGGCCUGGCUCCCUUCUCCAGAAUGGAUUUCGUGUUUUUCCAGUUUUGGUCAUUACUGCACAAGGAACCCCAAAAUUGCAACCUUCGGACAUUCUGCAGCUCCGACGGCCCCAGUCUCGGUGCAAGCAUGUCAAUGCAGUAUGAAAAAUUCCAGCACUUGGAGAGUGAGAAGCAAAGCCAGCGGUCUAGAAAUGGUGUGAGUGGCCAUGUGACCGAGGACUUGUGCUGGUCCAGGAGGGGCCAGAGGCCUGGGCGUCCCCUGCCCCCCAGCGUCCUGGGGCAGCCUCCCACCAGCAUCACCUGCGCCAGCCCUCCUCCCCGACAGGUCCCAGGGGCUCUCCUCCCCCAGUCUCCUGCCCUGACCCCGUCUUCUCUCACAGGGCUGCCUCCUCCUCUGUCCUUCCUGCACUGGCUGUGCUCCGGCCCCCGGCCUCUCCUGUUCUCCUUGGGCCUCAGCCUCCUCCUGCUGGUCGGCAUCUGUGUGAUCGGCUCCCAGAAUUCCAAGUGUCGGAGGGACCUGGCGACCCUGAGAGCAACUUUCAGCAACUUCACUGCAAACACUGGGGCGGAGGUCCAGGCACUGAAAUCCCAGGCCCGUAGCUUGAACGACAAGGUGUUUUCCCUGGAGAGCAAGCUGGAGCAGGAGCAGAAGGAGCUCAAAGCAGGUCAUUCCGAUACCCUCCUUCGGGUCCAGCAGUUGGCCAGAGGCCUGAGAUCCCUGACGUGCCAGGUGGCCGCUCUCAAGAACAACGGCUCUCAAAAUACCUGCUGCCCCCCUAACUGGCUGGAGUACGGGGGCAGCUGCUACUGGUUCUCCGGCUCCGGGAAGACCUGGGAGGACGCGGACAGGUACUGCCCGCUGGAGAGCGCGCACCUGGUGGUGGUGGGCUCCUGGGAGGAGCAGACUUUUGUGCAGGGCCAGAUCGGCUCAUACACCUGGAUGGGCCUCAGUGACCCUGAAGGAGUCUGGAAAUGGGUGGACGGGCUGGACUACGAGACCAACUUCAAGAACUGGAAGCCAGGCCAGCCGGACGACUGGCACGGGCACGGGCUGGGCGGGGGCGAGGACUGCGCGCACUUCCACCCCGACGGCAAGUGGAACGACGAUGCCUGCCAGAGGGCCUACCGCUGGGUGUGCGAGGCCGGCCUGGGCACCGCCAGCUAGCGCGGCGGCAGGUGCUUCCCGCCGCAGAACCGCUCAGCCGGCGGGGAGCGGGAGGGGACCUUCCCGUGAGACCCCUCACGAGACCCUGGGGAG